AUGGCCAGCAAAACGUCCAUCUCAAAAUGUAACCACUCGUCUCUCUGCUUUUCAUCCUCGCCAAAUGCAACGGUGGCAGGCUUCAGAAGGCCAACCCAAAAACAACGCGUCGCGGCCGCGAAACCAAAAAACGAUGCCUCUGAAAACACAAAUAACUUGAAUGUGAAUUUUCUCAAUGAAGAUGAUAGAGCAUUUCCCGCUCCUUUGGUCCUUCCAGGGGAUGAUCUAUCUGAGGAUCCGGAGUACCCUGCGCAAAGCUUCCAAGAAUGGCUUGACGACGAAGAUCGCAAUCCAGUAAAGCCCAAACAAAAAAAGCUGUUUGUCUGCUCAGUUCCAGAGGUCUUUGAUGGUGUCGAGUUCUUGAAGGACUGGAAACCAGAGAUUAAUUUGAUGGCUACCAAGGAACAAUGUCAACCGCCAAACGCACUCCUCAUUCAAGAUUAUCUGAAGGCUUUUUAUCAUGGUUUGCCUAUCGGUAUGACGCCAACAUACAACAUGCGUUACACAACGUGGACCAAGACCAAAAAGACCUCUGGGAAGCAGAAAAUUCCAAAGUACGUGGGUCUGGAUAUUGGCGGUGGUGAGGUCGUGCGCAUUCGGAUCCGCGAACGACCAGGCGGAGACUACCCCGGCCAGCUCAACUUGAACGAUCUUCUCGAUGCUGCCAUUGCCAUUUUACCCAAAAGUGCUUAUGCUUUGCUUCUUCUCGUCCACUUCGACCUCUACGAAGACGACGAAGACAGUUUCGUCUGCGGUCGUGCAUACGGAGGGAGUCGAGUUGCCGUGGUGUCAACGGCAAGAUACAACCCCUUACUAGAUGACAGCUACGAUCAUCAAGUGGAGCGUGUGCAUCCCUGGCCUGCAUCACACUGUGAGGAAUAUGUGAACACCUACACCAAGGAAGAAUUGGAAGAACAGCCACCGUCGAAAAGACCUCGGACAAUCGGGAAGGGCUCGCGCAUGUCAGCUGUGGCUCAAAAUGGACCGCUAAGGGAAGCCGUGUCUGCUUAUGGCGCUCUGCGGCCAAUGAAGCCGGGCAAGGAGCUCAGCGCUGAGCGGGUUAAUGACCUCUGGUUAGACCGGGUGUGCCGCACUGCAAGUCAUGAGUUGGGUCACUGUUUUGGUAUUGAUCAUUGUGUCUACUAUGCAUGCAUGAUGCAGGGCACUGCGUCUCUUGCCGAGGAUGUUAGGCAGCCGCCUUAUCUCUGUCCUGUCGAUUUGGCAAAGGUUCUUCAUGCCACUGGUGCGUCUGCGGCUGGUCGGUAUAAAGCGCUGCUCAAAUAUUGUGAUCUUCCGCAAAAUCAGAAGUCUUAUUUGUUUCAGCCGUUUGCUGCUUGGAUUAAGAGCAGGGUAGCUGAAGUUGAGGAGGUUUCUGGGCCGGAAUGCUCAACAGCUGAAAAUUGA